GCUUCUGGACAUUUUUCGUCCACUUUUUCUUGACUUGGACCAUCAAUGGCUCAGGCGCAACCACAACCUCAACAACGAACACUUAAGUAAUCCAUUUCUUCUCCGACGACAAUCCACGUUGUAUUGAAUUGAAAUUUAGGAAAUGGCUACGUUUUCUUCGCUCUCUACUGCGAUUUCACUAUCCAAUAUCCCCAAAAUGGUUCCUCCCACAAGGGAUGCGAUUCUCAAUGUUCGUCCGUCAUCGUCCCAAUUUUGCCCCAAGUUCGAACUCAAUACGAAUAGAUCUCUUUUCACUCAAUUCACCUCCUGCCGUAAGCCCCAAUUGCGUUGCAAACCUCGGCCGAGGAGUUCGGUUCAAUGCCUUUUCACUGGCAUUGUUGAAGAAAUAGGCCAUGUCAAACAAGUGGGUAUUGCUGAACAUGGGGGAUUUGAUUUGAAGAUUACUGCCAAAACUGUUCUUGAAGGUGUAAACCUUGGAGAUAGCAUUUCUGUGAACGGAACUUGUCUUACUGUGACUGCUUUUGAUCACCAACUGUCGGAAUUCAAGGUGGGGUUAGCGCCUGAAACGCUUAGGAAAACUUCGUUGGUGGAACUCACGGCUGGUUCACCUGUGAAUUUGGAGAGGGCGGUUCAACCAAUCAGCCGAAUGGGUGGGCAUUUUGUGCAGGGGCAUGUAGAUGGGACUGGGGAGAUAAUCUCAAUGGAUCCUGAGGAGGAUUCGCUGUGGAUAAAGGUGAGGACGUCAGAGGCUUUGCUCAAGUACAUUGUACCAAAAGGAUUCAUUGCAGUAGAUGGGACUAGCUUGACUGUGGUGGAUGUUUUUGAUGAGGAGAAGGCUUUUAACUUCAUGUUGGUUGCUUAUACUCAAAAAAACGUUGUCAUUCCAUUGAAGAAAGUUGGGCAGUUGGUGAAUUUGGAGGUAGAUAUUCUUGGCAAGUAUGUGCAGAGGCUCCUCAGCAAUGGUGCCAUCAAGCCCAUUGAGUCUCCAUGAUUGCAAAGCCUGGAAAAAAAAAUUGUCUUAAUAGUUGCAAUCUUCCUCUACAUAAAGUUGUAACCUGCCUUGUUAUUAUUAGUUUUUUUUAACCAUUAUCAACUUGGACGAAUAAAUAGCUUGAUGUGCUACUUUCUCACUGUCUCAUUUGUAUUUGAAGCACGGUUAGACAAGGAUACUACUCGUUCUACUACGAAAUUCAACUUCUUUUUUGGCGAA